UCGUCCCCCAGAGCUGCAAGCCUGACCUUACCUUGUGGGGGAUGGGGACUUCCAAAGAGCUUAAAGCACGGCUGUGACAUUGUCAGCUCUGAAUUUUACAUAGUUCCCCUGGCCUUUCUCAUAUGUCCCCUGGUUUCUACAUCUUGUGACUCCAAAGUUACAUGUGAUUAUUGUGGUGAACUCUAAAAACAGGAAAUAUUUGUGGGCUGACAUUUACACAUUCAUAGCUGGCCAGCUGUCCUGAGGGGGGCCGGUCUGCUGGUGACUGUUAUGGGUCCUUCUCUAUCGGGGUCCUUGCUCCUGCUUGGUCUUUUCACGGCAGGGACAGGGAUUUCCGGAGAGGAUCCAGGCCCUGUGAUGGUAACUGGGACCCUAGGGGGGUCUGUCACUCUGCCCCUGCAGCUCCAGCCUGCACAGCCAGUGGAGAGCAUCUCUUGGAUGUCCCGUUCCGUCUCCACAGCCAUAGCCACGGUCACCUUGGCAGAAGCGGGAGGACCGGAUACCUUGUACCAGGCAGAGACCCGGUACCGGGGUCGUGUGAGUGUGGUGGGCCCAGGCCGCUCCCUGCACAUCAGCAACCUGAGCUGGACCGACGCGGGGCCCUACCGAGCCCACGUCAACCUGCGGGGCUCCCGCCUCACCCGUACCCGGGAGUACCGACUGCAAGUCUACGAGCCGCUGGUCCAGCCACGUGUCACACUGAGCUCCAGGAUCGGGGAGAAUGGACACUGCGUCUUCAUCCUGACGUGUGUGGCCGAAAGCAGAGGGGGUUCUGUGACCUACAGCUGGCUGCCUCUGGGACCCCGGGCUAUCGUGUCCCAUGGAGGGUCUGUCCUCAGUGUCUCCUCGAGGCCUGGGGACAGGGCUCUGACCUUCACCUGCAUGAUCAAGAACCCAGUCAGCAGCAGCAGCUCCCUCCCUGUCUCAGUGCCGUCCUCGUGUCCAGAGAAGCUGCAGGAGCCCAACAUCACUGUCAGCUCCCAGAUCACGAAGGAUGGGGCCUGUCACAUCACCCUGAUCUGCUCCCUGCAACAGGCUGGAGAGGACGUUCAGUACGGAUGGGCACCCCUCGGCCAGGGGGCAGUUAUGUCCUGUGGGGGAACCACUCUUCAUGUCUCCUGGACACCCGGGGUCAGCGACAGCUAUCGCUGCACCAUUAGCAACCCAGUGAGCCAGAGCUCCAGCUCCGUCCCCGCCAGGCCCCUCUGCUCAGCUAGUUUGACUGCAUAAUGCGUGCCCUCUGUUCCUUUCAACUACGUCUAUAUGGAGGACACACCUGGAUCAAGGUACGUGGCCUAUCUCUUAAGGGCAAAACUAGAGGCCCAUCUCUGGGUGUCUCUGAUCCUACAGCUCAGUGAGUAAGGCAGCUAUUCUUGUAACUGGUUGAGUAAUUGUUUUGUAAGUUCAUCUUCCCUGAAUGGGCUUCAAGUUCUAGACUUGGGGGAAAAUAUUUCUCCUAUCUAUCUUCGCCAGAAAAAAUAAAGCUGAUAUUUUUAUCUUCCUUUUGAUUCUUGUGUGGAUUUCUCAAUUGGUUGGAACCUGUAGGGAAAGAGGUGUAAUUGAUGUUUAUACACAAUCAUCUUUCUAAAAUAGGUAUCACCUUUCUCCCCAUUACAGUUAUGGAAAUGAUGUUUCACAGAGCUUAAGUAACUUGGCUAAGGCCACUCAGUUAGUAGGUAGAGAAGCCAGCAUUUGACUUGUGUGAUCGUUGCUUCCCCUAUCACCCAUCCUCUACACUACACUGUCUCUUGCAGAAUCUCUGAGUAGGAAGGGGCCUUAGGGGUCAGCUACAUUUACUUCAUCCAUGCAGGAGUUCCCUCUUCCACAUUCUUGCCAAAUGUUUAUCCAACCUUUGCUUGGAUAUCUCCAAUAGCAGAGAGUUUACCACUUGAUGACAGCAGUCAUCCACCUUUGGAACUGAUUCUGCUCACCGUAGAC